GGACACAAACCUCGACGCACCGCACGACUCCGUCCUCUUUCUUCUUCAUCUCCCUCACGUUUCCCUGCUAAUGCUCCUGUCCUAUCGAACUUAACUGUCUCUGUACUUCAGCUGAUUUACUCCUCAAACUCUGCCUCCGACCGGAUCGAGCGAACAGGUGGAGAUGAUGGCGAGCGGUCCGGCGCCGCUCCGUGCUGCGCUCUGCCCGGCUCGGCGCACCCGGCCGCGGGUCGCGCUGCUGCUGUGGCCGCUGCUGCUGACAUGCUGCCGCUCCGUGUGGGCGCAGGAGCUGCCGACCAACGGGGUGAACGGAUACAGCCUGCACCCGCCCUACUUCAACCUGGCCGAGGGCACCAAGAUCACCGCCACGGCGACGUGCGGGGAGGAGGACACCGGCAGGACCGUGCACGACCUCUACUGCAAGCUGGUCGGAGGCCCGGUGUCCGGGGACCCGAGCCAGACCAUCCAGGGCCAGUACUGCGACAUCUGCACCCAGGGCGACAGCGACCGCGCCCAUCCCAUCACCAACGCCAUCGACGGGACGGAGCGAUGGUGGCAGAGCCCGCCCCUGUCCCGCAGCGCCGAGUACAACGAGGUGAACGUCACCCUGGACCUCGGACAGCUCUACCAUGUGGCCUACGUGUUGAUCAAGUUCGCCAACUCUCCCCGUCCAGACCUUUGGGUUCUGGAGAGAUCCAUCGACCACGGGCAGACCUACCAGCCCUGGCAGUACUUCGCCUCCUCUAAGAGAGACUGCAUCGAGCGGUUUGGACAGAGAACCAUUGAGAGGAUCAACGAUGACGACGACGUCGUCUGCACCACUGAAUACUCGCGCAUCGUCCCGCUGGAGAAUGGAGAGAUCGUGGUGUCGCUGGUGAACGGUCGGCCCGGGGCGAUGAACUUCUCCUACUCGCCGGUACUGAGGGAGUUCACCAAGGCCACCAACAUCCGGCUUCGCUUCCUGAGAACCAACACGCUGCUGGGACACCUGAUGGGAAAGGCGCUGCGUGACCCCACCGUCACCCGCAGGUAUUACUACAGUAUCAAAGACAUCAGCAUCGGAGGACGCUGCGUGUGUAACGGACACGCCGAGGCCUGCAACGCCGAGGACCCCACAGACCCCUACAAGUUACAGUGCGACUGUCAGCACAACACCUGCGGUGUGUCAUGUGACCAGUGUUGCCCAGGAUACCACCAGUUGCCGUGGAAACCGGCCACGACCUACAGCGCCAACGAGUGUGAACCGUGUAACUGUCACCGCCACUCGUUCGACUGUUACUACGACCCCGAGGUUGAUCAGAGGAGAGGAAGUCUGGACGUCCACGGACACAACAGAGGAGGAGGAGUCUGCCUCAACUGUCAGCAUCACACCACUGGAGUCAACUGCGAGCGCUGCAUCCCCACCUACUACAGGUCACCUGACCACCCCAUCGAGUCCCCGCUGGCCUGCUCGCGCUGCGACUGUCAGUCAGAGUUUACUGACGGUACCUGCGAGGAUCUGACCGGACGCUGUUUCUGCAAACCGAACUACAGCGGCGAGAACUGCGACUCCUGCGCCAGCGGCUUCGUGAACUUCCCCGACUGUUACCCCAUCCCCACAUAUCCCACCAACAGCAACAACGGCGAGGCCAAACCAGCAGGAGAGAUCAUCAACUGCGAGUGCAGCGCAGCCGGCACUGUGGACAACUCCUGCAGGCCAGAUCCCCGAACUCGGACCUGCGUCUGUAAACCGGGUUUCACCGGAGACCACUGCGACACCUGCGCUCCAGGUUUCUACGGACUCAACUGUCAGGCCUGUCAGUGUUCAGGUCCUGGCUGUCUGGACGGGUCAUGUGACUUGGUGACUGGUUACGGCGUGUGUCGGAGCGGUUUCCAGGGUUACGAGUGCGACCGGUGUGCCCCGGGCUACUUUAACUACCCGCUCUGCCAGCUGUGCGGCUGCAGCACGGUCGGCUCGUUACCUGAAGGCUGCGAUGCGUCCGGUCGUUGUCUGUGUAAACCGGAGUUCCAGGGGCCUCGAUGUGAACAGUGCAGAUCUGGAUUCCACUCGUACCCCAACUGUCAAGUGUGCACCUGUGAUCCUCGCACCUCAUUGGACACCAGCUGCACGGCGUUGGGUCACUGCCACUGCCAGCCCAAUUACAGCGGAGCGUCAUGUGACCAGUGUGCUCCUGGUUACUAUGGUUACCCAAGCUGUACACCCUGCCAGUGUUCUGCAGAAGGCUCCCGUUACACCAGCUGUGACCAGGUGACCGGCCAAUGUGUGUGUCUGCCCAGCGUGGUGGGACUCAGGUGUGACAGCUGUGCACACGGCUCCUACGGCUUCCCCAACUGCCAAGCUGGUAGCUGCCACCCGGCCGGCUCCGUCCAGUAUGCGGUGCAGCCUCCUGUGGGCCAGUGCGAGUGCCGUCCUCACGUGGAGGGCCAGGCCUGUGACAGAUGUAAACCUCUGUACUGGAACCUCUCCCCUGAUACUCCCGAUGGAUGCACCAACUGUGAGUGUAACAUUGCCGGUACUGUCAGCGGUGUUGCAGAGUGUGCACAGGAAACUGGUCAGUGUCACUGUAAGCCCAACGCUUGCAGUGGGACCUGCUCUACCUGUAAAGACGGCUACUACAACCUACAGGAGCACAACUACUUCGGCUGCCAGGGUUGCCAGUGUGACGUCGGAGGCUCAGCGGGUCAGUCGUGUGGAGAGAGGAACGGCCGCUGUCGCUGCAGACCCAACGUGGAGGGACCCAAGUGUAAUCUGCCUCGUCCAGAUCAUUACUUCCCAGAUCUCCAUCACCUGAAGUUUGAGAUUGAAGAGGGAACCACGGUGGACGGCCGGCCGGUGCGAUUCGGCUACAACCCUCUGGAGUUCCCGGACUUCAGCUGGAGAGGCUACGCUCAGAUGUCCCCCAUCCAGACUGCAGUGAAGCUUCAGGUUUAUGUGAACGAGGCGGACGUCUAUCUGACUCGCUUCAUCCUCAGAUAUGUAAACUCUGAGGGCGCCACCUCCAGUGGUAAAAUAACAGCCUAUCAGGUCAACCGCGGAGGUUCAGAACAGUCUAAGCAGAUCGUGUUUGCUCCCAGCGUGGAGCCGACGUUUGUCAACGUUCCCCAGAACAACUUUGUGGAGCCGUUUGUUCUGAACCCGGGAACCUGGACUGUCGUUAUAGAGGCUGAGGGGAUCCUGCUGGAUUACCUGGUCCUGCUGCCCAGCGCCUACUACGAAGCUCCCAUCCUGCAGAUCCGAGUCACUGAGCCCUGCUCCUACAGCUCUGCACCUGACGCCAGCCAGAGCUGUCUGCUGUACAGGUAUCUGUCUCUGGACUCCUUCCCCUCCAUCUCUGGCAACGACGCCAGCUGCGUCAACGACAACCACCUGCCGCGCCCCUGCCCGACGGAGAAGGUCACCCCGCGCCACCCGGACAUGGCCGUCUGCAGUGGCUACGACAUCAGCGUCGAGCUGCGAGGCCGUCUGCCGUCUCCAGGCGAUCACGUUCUGGUCGUAGAAUAUUCCAGCGAGGAAGAACUACCACAAACUCUGUCCGUCGCCGUGAACAUGCCGGGAGCUCGAACACACCAGCACCGCGUCGCCCUGCUGCACUGCAAGUACAGCUUCCUGUGUCGAGUCGUGGCCGUUGAUGAACAGAACAGAGUGGCCGUCUUCUCCCUCCCUGCCGACACGGAGAUCCAGCUCAUCUCCGACCGCGCCAGCUUCUUCCUGCACAAAGUCUACCUGGUGCCUAAAGAGCAGUUCACUAUGGAGCAGGUUGAGCCUAAAGUCCACUGCAUCAGCACUCAUGGCCAGUUCUCACCUGACAGUUCCUCCUGCGUCCCCUCCCGCUUCCAGACCCCCUCAGACUCUCUGGUCCUGAAGGAGGGCCAGAGCUCCUCCGUGCAGGAGCCCGUCCUGGCCUCCCCCGCGGCCGCUCCUCCUCUGCACCUGAGCGACGAGGCACCCUGGACGGGAGGAGAAAGACCCCCCCACGGGGCAGAUAACGGCGACCACGUCCGGCUGGAUUCACUGCAGAAUGCAGCGGUGUACUCGACCCGUGUCCAUGCUCUGGGGCGUUACGUCUUCAUCCUCCACUAUCACCAGCCCCUCCACCCCACCUUUCCCGUGCAGGUGUACAUUAACGGGGGGCGGAUCUGGCAGGGCCACGCCAACGCCUCCUUCUGUCCCCACGCUUACGGCUGCCGUAACGUCCUGGUCUCUGAGAACCAGAUCAUUCUGGAUGUGACCGACCACGAGGUCUUCCUCACAGUUCAGAUCCCUGCUGGCAAGACUCUGUGGCUGGAUUACGUGCUGGUUGUGCCUGAGGCGAGCUACAGCUCCAGCUCCCUGAACGAGGAACCUCUGGAUAAAUCCUACGACUUCAUCAGCAACUGUGGCCAGAACAGCUUCUUCAUCAACCCUUCCUCCACCUCUCCGUUCUGCCUCGGCUCGGCGGUGUCUCUGUCCGCCUUCUUCAACAACGGGGCGAUGCCCUGCGCCUGCCACGAGGUCGGAGCCGAGAGCGACACCUGCGAGCCGUUCGGCGGCCAGUGCCGCUGCAGGCCGAACGUGAUUGGCCGAGACUGCUCCAUGUGCGCCACGGGCUUCUGGGGAUUCCCCAACUGCAGACCCUGUAGCUGUGGCACGAGGUUGUGUGAACCGGUGACCGGCGACUGCAUCUGCCCCCCGAGGACCCUGCAGCCGGAGUGCACCCAGUGCGAGCCCCAGACGUUCGGCUGCCACCCGGUGGUCGGGUGCGAGGUCUGCAACUGCUCUCGGCCGGGCGUCGCGUCCCCCGAUGUGAACUGCGAUACGAUCAGCGGACAGUGCAGAUGUAAAAACAACAUCGUCGGCCGUCAGUGUGACCGCUGCGCUCCCGGUUUCUAUGGUUACCCCAACUGCAGGCCAUGUGACUGCAACGAGGCGGGAACUGAGGAGGACGUGUGUGACUCCUUCACAGGACAGUGUCUCUGCAAGGAGAACGUCCAGGGGUCUCGCUGCGAUCAGUGCAGAGUUGGUACGUUCCACCUGGACCCCACCAACCCGAAAGGCUGCACCAGCUGCUUCUGCUUCGGAGCCACCGACCGCUGCCGCAGCUCUGACAAAAGACGCACUGAGAUCAUGAACAUGGAGGGCUGGGUGCUGCUCGGAGCAGACAGACAGGAAGUGGCGGUGGCGGUGUAUCCCGGUCAGGACCUCGUAGAGGCGGACCUCAGCGACGUGCCGGACGUCUACCAGGACCUCCACUGGCACGCACCCAAGACUUACCUGGGAGACAAGGUGUCAUCGUACGGAGGUUACCUGAGGUAUCGUCUCCACACUCAGCCCAUGAGAGGCGACGUGUUGUCUCUGCCCGCAGAGGCCUCCAGGCCUGACAUUAUCCUCAAGGGAAACCAGAUGACCCUGGUGUUCAUGGAGAGGGAGUACUCCUCACCUGAGGAGCCUCACCUGGGAAUAGUUCACAUGGUGGAGGGAAGCUUCCGUCACGCUCAGACCGGUAACUCUGUCUCUCGGGAGGAGCUGAUGAUGGUCCUGGUUGGUCUGGAGUCUCUGCAGAUCCGAGCCCUGCACUCCCAGUCGGCUCACUCCGUGUCGCUCCGCGGCGCCGUGCUGGAGGGUGCCGAGAACCUGCCUGCCGGUCGCCAUGCCAACAACGUGGAGAUCUGCAUGUGUCCCGCCAACUACCUGGGAGACUCGUGUCAGAAAUGUGCUCCAGGCUACUACAGAGACACGGUGGGCCUGUUUCUGGGGAAAUGUGUUCCCUGUAACUGUAACGGACACUCUGACCGGUGUCUGGACGGAUCUGGACUCUGUGUGGGCUGCCAGCACAACACAGCCGGUGACCACUGUGAGAGGUGCCAGGGCGGUUUCCUGGGCAACAACACUCUUGACGGACAGGCGGUGUCAUGCUCCAGUUGUCCCUGCCCGCUGAGGGUCCCGUCCAACAACUUCGCAGAGGGUUGUGUGCAGAAAAGCGACAGGAUGCAGUGUCUGUGCAUGCCGGGUUACGCUGGACCACACUGCGAAAGGUGCGCCCCCGGUUACUACGGCAACCCCAUGGUGCUCGGCAGCAAGUGCCAGCUGUGCGAUUGCCACGGCAACACGGACCCCAACAUGCUGUUCACCGACUGUCACCCGCUGACCGGCGAGUGUCUCAGCUGCAUGCACGACACGGCCGGGCCUCACUGCGACACCUGUGCACCUGGUUACUACGGAGACGCCAUCGCCGCCAAAAACUGCACCAAGUGUAACUGUUCUCCAUGUGGCACCGAGUCAUGUGACCCUCACACCGGAGAGUGUCGCUGUAAAGCAGGAGUCACCGGGCCGCGCUGUGAACGCUGUGUGGACGGCUCGUUCGGCUUCGACUCGUGCGCCGGCUGCCGUCAGUGCGACUGCGACGCCUCUGCGGCUCUCGUCCGGCCGUGCGACCCUCAGAGCGGUCAGUGCGCCUGCCGGCCCGGAGUCAACGGGCCGAACUGCAGGCAGUGCGCCCCCGGACACUGGGACUACGGCCCCGACGGCUGCAGGAAGUGCGACUGUAGAGGAGGUCAGUGUGACCCCCGCACAGGAGAGUGCCGCUGUCCUGACGGGAUGACCGGGAAACAGUGUGACACCUGCUCACAGAAAUACAGCGUCCCCGUGGACAGCCGGCACGGCGUGCACUGUGAACCGUGUGACGGCUGUGUCAUCGUCCUGUUGGAGGAUCUGGACAAAAUGAACAACAGCUUCCGCUCAGUCGCCGGUCAGCUGAGCAGUCUGAACGCCAGCUCCAUGGCCUGGGCUCAGCUGCACAACCUCAACAAGUCUGUGGAGGACAUGGCUCGGGCCAUAGAGAACUACAACAGCACGCUGGAUGACAGCAGGAGUCGGGCCGACAUGCUGGACGCUGAGAUCACGAAUAUCAACGAUGACAUCAAUGAGCUGCAGGACAAGGUGACGGCGAUGAGCGACAGGGUCGGUGACCUGCAGAACAGUACCACCAACGCGCACCAGAGGGCGCAAGACCUGCUGUCCUUCAUCAACAACAUCACCGUGAACUUGAACGAUAUCAUGCAGAUGGCGAACCGCUCCUCGCUGAAUGACACGGAGGCGGAGCAGGACGACGGCGAGCGGGAGAGGAAGAUGAGGGAGGUGCAGGCCAUGCUGAGGGAGAUGAGGUACAGGAGCUGCGUGGGACAGAAGAAGGUGGCCGACCGGGAGAAGACGGAGGCAGAGAAAUUGUUGGAUCGUGUAAACAAAGAGUUGGCCGCUCGUCAGGAAGACAACAACAACUUGACCAAAGCGAUCAGAGACCGUCUGACCCGCUUCCACGCCGAGAUGAUGGAUCUGCGAGACGCCCUGAACGAAGCCGUGAACAACACGGCCCGAGCCGCGGAGAUCAACAACGUCAACGAGAAAAGCCUGGAGGACAACAAGAGGAGGGUCGAGGACCUGCUGUCGAAGCAGAGGGAGGUGAACGACCAGUUACAGAUGGCUGAAGAUGAUGUCGCUCAGGUCAACGACAUGCUGUCCAUGCUGCACGACUCCAAAGAGGAGUACGAGCGCUUGGCGGCCCAGCUGGAUGGCGCCAGGACGCCUCUGGCCAAGAAGGUGCAGAACUUCGCUUGGGUUGACUCCAAGAUCCCGCUGGUGGAGGAGGCGGAGAAACACGCCGAGCUGCUGAACGCUUUAGCCAUGAACCUGUCUAGUUUGGUGGCAGAAACCAAGAAGGAGGGAUUUGUUGAUGUCACACAAGCCUACAACAAGAUCAUCAACAGCAUCAAGGAGGCAGAGGAGGCCGCCAAGAUGGCCGACAAGGCUGCUAAUGACACUCUGGAGAACAUAAAGGACCAGGACCUCGGUCAGAUUGCUGAUUCUCUGAGGAACCACAGUUUGGAUCUGAAGGACGAAGUUGAAAAGCUAAAUGACGAACUCAACAACGACCUGAAGCCGCAGCUGGAAGACGCUCAGAGGCGACUGGACGACGCCAAAACCAAACAGGCGGAUUUGAUGAAGGACCUGGAGACGGUUCAGAACAACCUGAACUUCACCACCAAUGUGAGUCAGGAGAUCGACGACGCCAAGCGAGCGGCGAAUCUGGCCAACGCCACGGCCACGCAAGUCAACGAUGCCCUGCGUCCCAUUAAAGAGCAGCUGGACCGAUGGCAGCAGACCUACGGAGACGCCAACGCCACCAACGAAGACAUCAACAACGCCCUGAUGGAGGCCAACAAGACUGUGCACACGCUGGGCGAGACCAUUCCUGUGCUCAUGAAGAAGCUGGACAAACUGCAGAAUCACUCUGCACAGAUGCCAAACAUCUCCGAGAACAUCAGCCGCAUCCGACAGCUCAUACAGCAGGCGCGCAACGCUGCCAGCAAGGUGGGCGUUCCGGUGAAGUUUAACGGGGCGUCCGGGGUUCAGGUCCGUACUCCAGGUAACCUGGCCGACCUGGCCGCCUACACCUCCCUGAAGCUCUACAUCACUCUGCCGGAGGCGGCGCGAGCCAGGCGGCAGGACGACAGCACCCGACAGUUUGUCUUCUACCUCGGCAACAAGGAUUCCAGACAGGAGUACCUGGGCAUGGCGCUGGAGGGGCGGAGACUGCGCUGGUACUUUAACGUUGGAGGAGAAACUGCUGAGGUGCUGAUGCCUGAAGACGUCAAGUCAAAUGGAAACUUCAACAGUGUAGUGCUGGAGAGGAUCCUCCAGUACGGUCAAAUGUCCAUGUCUUCAGAAGCCACUGAGGGGGACCAAAGAGUCACCAAAGCCCACGUGGAGGCUGGAGGAGACCAGGGGCUGCUCAACCUCUUGACCGACGACACCGUCUUCUAUGUGGGAGGAUACCCGAGUACUUUCAAACCGCCGCCCCCGCUCGCUCUGCCUAACUUUAAGGGCUGUAUCGAGCUGGACACGCUGAACGAGGAGGUGCUCAGUCUGUAUAACUUUGAAAAGAUCUUCAAACUCAACACCACAGAGGAGAAGCCUUGUGGCAGGUCCAAGCCGGUGCUGACUCAGGCCUGGGUGAACGACGCAGCGUAUUUCGACGGUACCGGCUACGCUGAGAUCACCUUCACUGAUGAAUCGGCUCGCAUGCAGCGCUUUGAACAGGAAGUCAAACUGCUGUCGCACAAUGGCGUCCUGCUGCUGCUGCAGAACGCGGACCAGUUCCUGUGCCUGGCGGUGCUUCAGGGCCGGCUGAAGGUUUUCUACGACUUCAGUGGCGAUCUGGUGGAGCUCCAGCCUAAAGAGCCUUCAUCCGACUUCCUGAAGAUCAGCGACGCCGACCCCAAAGCCCUCGAGAUCAUCAUCCUGCGUUCGACCACGAACCGCGUCGUGGUGCGGAACAACCGCAUCGGCCUCUACACCCACCAGUUCACAGAGAGCAUCCCCCCGUUCAGCCGCAGCUACUACCUGGGAGGGGUACCAGAGCACAAGAUGCCUGCCAAGUUGAAGUCUCUGUUUCCGAAGCAGGGCUCUCUGAAGGGCUGCUUCAGGAACGUGAAGGCCCAGAACUCUCACAUCGACCUGAAGAGGAUGACGAGCUCCGGAGUCAGUUUCGGCUGUGACAGUGACCUGCUGGUGGCUCGUGAGGCUCACUUCUCUGGUCAGAGCUACCUGGACUUGGCUCUGACCAACAUUCCCGGCCUCAGGAACAACUUCUACACCAGCUUCAGCUUCAGGACCGAGCAGAAGGAGGGACUCAUGUUCUACCACCACGAUCAGGAAGGAGUGUGUCAGGUGUUUCUGCACGAGGGCCACGUCGUGGUGAGAGCUGGCAACAGCGAGAUUAAGACGCAGAAGACGUUCAACGAUGACAACACGCACUACGUCUCCAUCUACAGCAACGUCAACGGGAUACGUCUGUACAUGGACGACGUGCUGGAGAAGGCGAAGGAGAGCGUCCGGCUGGACAGCAGGCGCGUGGCGAGCUCAGAGGGAAGCACCUUCCUCGGGGGGAUGCCCAACCAAAGCCUCGCCAACCUCACCGGAUGUAUCAGCAAUGUUUUCGUCAAGAGGGAAACGAGUCCUCAGAUGGUCGUGAACUUGUUGAAAGCUAAAGAGAACGUCAACGUUCCUCUUGACUGUCCCGCCGCCAAAAAACCUCAGCAGAUCCUCUCUGCCCCGCCCAAACACAGCAAACCCAAGGGGAAGCAUAAGAAGCCGUCGGGGUCUCGCAGUCGUAACACCAGGGACUCGUGUCAGGGGGAGCGGUCAGACCAGGAGGUCGGAGCGACGCACUUCAGCGGCUCCACAAACAGCUUCCAGAGAUUUGACUCAGUGUGGCGGUCGCUCAGCUCCACGCCUCUCAUCUCCAUGGCGCUGAGGAUCAACUCCUCUGACGGUUUGGUGAUGUACGCGGCGGGCGGGCAGCGCGGCGGUGCCGCGAUGUCGCUCAGCGUGUCGGACGGCCACCUGCUGCUUCUGUUGGACGGAGGAAAGAGGAAGGUCAGCCUGCGCAGCCGCAAGAAGUACGACGACGACCAGUGGCACACGCUGUUUAUAAAGCGUGAAGGAGAGAAGAUCAGUCUGAUAGUGGACGGGAUCAGCGCUCAGUCCAAGAGAGUCCCCGGGGGGGACAGGACUCACCUCGCCGGGCCGUUAUACGUCGGAGGAGUCCCGGCCUCGCUGACGGCUCCGGGCUCCGGCGGGUUCGUCGGAUGUGUCAGGGACCUGACGCUGAACGAAGCCCCCGCAGGAAGCCCCGCUCACAGCCAGGGGACCGUGCCCUGCUUCCAGGAUCCUCUCCAGCCCGGAGUGUAUUUCUCUGGUCAGGGAGGACACAUCGCCAUAGACGAGUCCUUAGUUCUGGGUCGGGAUCUGGAAAUCCAGUUGGAGGUUCGGCCCGUCUCGGACUCUGGGCUGCUGUUGCAUGCUGGGUCGUCACCUGACCAACACCUGAGUUUGGUCCUCAGCCAGGGAGAGGUGACUGUUUCAGUCAACAGUGGUAAAGGUGAAUUCUCUACCUCCUUCACUCCUGAAGAACCUCUGUGUAACGGACGCUGGCACACAGUCACAGUCGCGAAGAAGAACAACGUCCUGCAGCUCCACGUCGACGCAGCCAGUGAGCACAGCGUCGGCCCCAAGCAGAGCCGCCCUGCGGGGGCCAAACAGACGGUUUACCUGGGAGGGCUACCUGAUGGCGCCACAGUUCCUGGUCUACCUGCCGGCCUUCCGGCCUUCCACGGCUGCAUCCGCCAAGCCACGAUCAACCACAGACCGGCCAUGCUGUCCAAACCGCUCGCUGUGCACGGAGCUGUGGGAACUCAGGGCUGCCCACACAUGUAGACACACACACACACACACACACACAGUCUUACCCUCACAUCCCCCAACUACAAAUUACCGGUGGUGGGCGUCAUGUUACUGUAGCUAAUUUAAAUAUAUAUAUUAAUAUUUAUUUUCUAUUUUCAGAAAAAUGUAUAUUUUAUAUUUUCCUGUUUGUUUUUGUGCUACAGGAGGCUACAACAGUGACAACUGUCUGCACACAGAGAUGCACUGAUGCAAGUGAAAUCACAGAUCAAUGAUAAAACGUGUAGGAUAUUGUAAAUAAGGGCAACACAUGAUUUUUCUUGCCUUUUGGAAACAAAUGAAAAAUAAAUCAUGUCAAUUAGUUUUUUGUCUUUUGGCCUCAAAUAAAUUAGCUGAAUCUGCAAUAAAUUCAAGUUAAUAAUGUUGUUUCUCGUGCAUCUCUAGCAGAGAGUCGGUACACUACGAGCACUGUAACGUAUGAGCGGCGUCUCGGGCAGCACAGACGGCAAAUGUUACCUGGAACAGGGACUGAACUCUGAAGCUUAAUGAACAUCUCAGUUCAUUAAGCUUCAGAGUUCAAAUUUAACAUAAAAAAAGUUGCGCAUUUACAUGGAAACAGAUGAAACGGCACCGACGCUGUCUUAAAAUGUUGCUUCUGUUUUCUUUUACAUUUAGUUUUCAGAGUAAAAAGCAACUCUCAUUUCAGCAGACUUCCACUUUCACCUCCUCACACGUCAUUUCAGUUUCUAUUGUGGAAAACCUGCUGAGACCACGUUCGUUCUGCUGAGUCAUGGUGCUGCGUUCAGGUCCCACUUCUCGUUACUCUGAUUACCACUUUAACACUUCUGCAUCGAAUUCAUGUCGACACCCACUGAGAAACUGUGGUUUUCCAAGUUAAAUCCAAAUUUAGUGAACGUGGUGGGUCACAGUAUUUGAACCUGCCACACCCCCGACUCGUACAGGUCAUUGAACGCUCACAGGUGGUGACCUCGGGACUCGUUAACAUUUCACCAUCCGUGUUGCAGGCAUCGUUUCCCGUCUCCGCUCCGUCAUAAAUGUAAACGCGUACCAAACAUGUGUGAAGCUUCUAUGUAAUAUAACCACUUUGAAAAAUAUCUCACAGAAAGAAUAAGCUGUCCCUCCCCCUCACUCCCAGCCCCCAUGUGUUGUAAAUGUAUUUCUAAAUAAAGUCUUUUCAUACA